AACGCAAGUUGCCGCCCAGUUCAAUGGUCAAAGCCAAAUCUUUAUAUCCACUAAUUUUUAUCAUUUUGUAAUUUUUAUGUUGCACUUUUUCUGGUCGCUUCCAUUAGUAAGAGUUGGUUCACGCUGCAGCGUUCCUGAAUAACAAAUUAGCAGCCUAAAACACUGCCACGGCCAGGGAAAUUUUCUUGCUCGCAAGUAGCGGCAUCAGCAGUUCGACCGAAGUGUCUUGGCCGGGCCGACGGCGACUGACGACGGCGAUGUCGUCGGCGGGCGUGCCGCUGACGACGGAAGCGUGAAGUGGCGUGUGGUGUGUGUUCAGCAGGCCGUGGUUCAGGCCGGCCGAAGAACCUCGCUGCAUCCCUUGGGACCAACGUUCGUGCUCGAGCCAUGAGAAUGACAACGUGAUGGAUCCUGCGGCGAUGUUCAAAGAAAACCGUUCAGUAAGCUCUCCAGCUGAGGCGCCACCCAUCACUCCAACUUCAGCGCCGGGUCGGACUACGGGUUCGUUCGGAGGCGCUAUGGCGCGCUCCGGACCGACGAACGCAUCAGGGGCCAAAGAAAGUCGGCGUACGUCCGCGUCGAUUCUGUCCCGAACUCCCUUUUCGAGCUUUCCGCCUUCCAAGGACUGGUUCAAGACGCCGUCGUCACCAGUCGGUCCCGAGGCCAGUGGUGAGGAGCCGCGACUCUCUGACACACAGAGCACCACCUCGCUGUCACCGAAGGGGGACAUGACAGCGGUGGACUCUUCUCAGCAGUCUGCCAAGCUGGCCAAGAGAGAGUCGUACAAGGCCCAGCGCAAGCACUACCGCUGCGAGAAGAAGCGGGUGGCCAUGGAACUGUCGAGCACACUCACGGACCCUUCCAUCAUCGUGCUGGCCGACUGGCUCAAGGUCCGUGGCUCCCUCAAGGGCUGGACCAAGCUGUGGUGUGUCCUCAAGCCGGGCCUACUGCUGCUGUACAAGAGCCCAAAGAUUGCCAAGAGUAGCCAGUGGGUGGGCACAGUGUUGCUGAACGCUUGCGAGCUGAUCGAGCGACCCUCAAAGAAAGACGGCUUCUGCUUCAAGAUCUUCCAUCCACUGGAGCAGUCCAUCUGGGCAUCCAGGGGUCCACGCAACGAGGCCAUUGGGGCAUUGGUGCAGCCUCUGCCCGUAAGCCACCUGAUCUUCCGGGCCCCCUCCGAGGCGGCGGGGAAGUGCUGGAUGGAUGCCCUGGAGCUGUCGUUGCGCUGCUCCUCCCUGCUCCUGCGCUCCAUGUCAUCUGCUCCGAGCGGCGUCUCGCACGCGGCCUCCUUCAGGGAGGGGCGGCCGCGGGAGACGCACGAGGCGGGGGAUGCCGAGGUCCCUCUGCUGACGAGCCCCACGGCCAUCGCUCCGUCCCAGCAGCGUCAGCUCUGGAACGAGAGCGACCUCGAGAACCACUUCCGCGACCAAGACCUCGGUGACGACGCACCCACCGACGACCAGAGGGACAACGACGGCACCCAGAGCUUGCGAUCGACGGACUCCGACUCUGACGAAGAGGACCCGCAGAGGUUGACAGAGGACAGCGGGGAGGCGGAAGAGGAGGCGGAAGUUCCGGAGACCCCCUACCAGGAGGAGAGCAACGAAGAACUGGGCGUCGCCGGCGACGCGGGCCAGACGGAAGAGGUGGCCGAGGAGAACAAGAGCCUGAUCUGGAGCCUGGUGAAGCAAGUGCGGCCCGGCAUGGACCUGUCCAAGGUGGUCCUGCCCACCUUCAUUCUGGAGCCACGCUCCUUCCUGGACAAGCUCGCCGACUACUACUACCACGCCGACAUCCUGUCACGGGCGGUACAGGAAGACGACCCCCUGACACGCAUGAAGCUGGUAGUUCAGUGGUACCUCUCGGGGUUCUACAAGAAGCCCAAGGGACUAAAGAAGCCUUACAACCCAAUCCUUGGUGAAGUCUUUCGCUGCUGCUGGAAGCAUCCAGAAACGGGCAGUCGCACCUUCUACCUCGCCGAACAGGUGUCCCACCACCCUCCAAUCUCUGCCUUCUACGUGAGCAACAGGCCCGAUGGGUUUUGCAUCAGCGGGACCAUCUUGGCCAAGUCAAAGUUUUACGGCAAUUCGCUGUCGGCCAUCCUGGAAGGGACAGCGCGGCUGUGCUUGCUCACGCGUGGCGAGACGUACAGCAUCACGAUGCCAUACGCCCACUGCAAGGGCAUCCUCAUGGGCACCCUCACCAUGGAGCUGGGCGGAAAGGUCAACCUGGUCUGCGAGAAGACUGGAUACCGCACCGAGCUCGAGUUCAAGCUCAAGCCUUUCCUGGGCGGUGCCGAGCUGUGCAACCUGGUGACGGGAAAGGUGAAGCUGGGCAAGGAGACGCUCUUCCUCAUCCAGGGACACUGGGACGGGCAGAUCACCCUCCGAGACAAGAGGACCGAGGAGGAGCAAGUCUUGUGGAACCCAAGUCACGAAGUUCGAGCCAAGCGUUUGAAACGCUCCACUGUUCCCCUCGAUUUGCAGCAGGACUUUGAGUCUGAGAGGCUGUGGCAGCACGUGUCGGCAGCCAUUGUGCGUGGGGACCAAGUGGCGGCGACGGAGGAGAAGACGCUCCUGGAGGAGGCCCAGCGGAGGGGUGCCAAGGAGCGCCAGGCCCGCAUGGAGAAGUGGGCGCCCCGCUUCUUCCUCCAGGACAUGCUCACGGGCGACUUCCUCUACAAGCACGCAGACUGGCGACCCUGGGACCCCCGGAACGACGUGGUGCAGUUUGAGCGUGGCGGCGUGAUUCAGAGCAAGACGCGUCACCAGACCCCCAUUGUGCCGUCCGGCGGCAGCCUGGUGAGCGUCGAAGGCAGCCCCCCCGAGCCGCCAGGCGGCCUGAGGAGGAGGGUGCUGCACUCGAGCCCCCACCACCCGCAUCGUCAUCACCACCACCACCACCACUCGACCGCGGUAGGGUGUGCCAAGAAGGAGCGCAAGAAGAAGGGCAGCAAGACCGGGGCCCCCUGCCUGCCCCACAGCGAGAGCUCCUCGGCCGAGCACGGGGCGCGCUUCUCGUGCGACUCUACCGACAGCGAGGUCCAUGCCGUGGAACCCGGCAAGACGGUCCCCCAGCGCCUGGGGCUGCACCAGCACCGCCUCAUCUCGGGAGCCAUGUCCCAGGUGCUGGGACCUGCGCUGGGGCCCCUCCACAAGUCCCUGGAGGACGCCACAUCGAUGCUGACCACUCUUCAGCGCCACCUGGAAGCGGCCCUAGCCCAGCAGCGCCGCAUCGAACAGCAGCUGGCACAGCGCAGUGACCUGACGACGGUGGCAGCGGUGGUGCUCGUUCAGCUGGUCCUUCACUGGAUCAUCUGGGCAUGGUCCUCCUCUUGAUCACGCUCCGAGCGUCGGAGCCUACGAGGGGAAGAACUGGGUCGUCUGCUUCUAGAAGUUCAAGACGGGUGGCGGGUCAUCGGGGUGCUUUGCUCUUGCGUGGCACAAGCGCCGUAUGGAGCGAUCCGUCGAAAGGCCAGGGGAUACGACGUAUUUGGGAAUAUUGAGAAGGUUUGUGAGCCACAUCUCUUAGGUAACAAGGGCCGUAGUGCUGAAUUUUCAGCAUCGCCUAAAGGAGGCCAACGCGGGGUACAGCUUGGACACGAGAGCUGCGUCAGCGUUCUUGUGUCCAAUCUGUUGGUGUGGAUACCCUUAUGCCUCGCGUUCGGCUGAAACUAGUGUUGGACCGGUAAGAAUGAGUCCCAGGCGAACGCCGAUGCAGCGGUCACAUCCAGUCCAUACCCCGCAUAUGCCUCCUUCGGUUUAUAUAGAAAAUUCAGCGCUGCAGCCUUGUUAUGUAGGAAACAUUAGCCCCCAUACUGAAGCCGACCUCUACACUCUCCCCUCUACCUAAUUCUGCUUGUGGUGGAUGCCAACCACCGCCUUUGAAGAACUUGCUCGUUGGUAGUUGAGGGACAUGUAGUCGUAUUACUUUCUGCACGACCGCAGAUGUCCCAUUCAUGUCAACGGGCUGACGUUCUACGGAUGUCCGGUAGCGUCUCAAGGGGUGUCCUGGGAGACGUGCUCGAUGUCCGGUAGGUGUGGGUGUGUAGGUUUCCUUACGAGCAUUGGGGGCGAGAACAAAUCGAGACUGCCCAUCGUCGAACCGUGUACCGCUCUGUUGAGGCGGCCCGUUGCAUGGUGGCUUUUCUCUCUUGUCGACGGGAACAAUUUUCGGAUGGGGUGACGUGCAAUCUUGCAAGGUGUUUGCAGUCUGCAGUCUCUAGCUGUGAUGCGGUUCCCGUUUUUACAGCACCCUGCACAAGCGCUUCUCCUUGCUUUUUUUUUAUAUAGCGGCUAGGUUUGGGGGUUUCUUAUCCCUAGCUGGGUUAGGCGAAUAGCUUUCGGGUAGUAUUUUGCGGCAGCACCGAGUAUGGUGGGACGCCAACGAUCGUGCCUGCUUCGAUCGGGUAUAUGCAACCGCACUCGGUGUUAUUGCGGCGUUCAGGCUUUUGCAGCCGGACAUAUCUAAUUCAACUUUCCAACUUUGCCAGGGUAUUGUGCGCUCCACGUCGGUGCCACUUUGCGAGACCUAGGAAGCCAAGUAACCUGUGGAGCAGGUCUGAGUGGUAUAUAUAUAGAACGGUGACAAGCAACUUUUUCUGGGGUUCAACUAGCUUCGCUUUCCUCGCAGUAAAGAUGCUUCAGAGAAGUGAGGCUCUGCUGUCUUUCAAGUGUUUCCUAUAGAAACCUGCACAAAACUAGUCCGACAUGGUGGCAACUGUUUGGAACCACAGCUGUUUUUUUCUUUUUCAUUAUUUUUGUUACAUACUUUUUCCUCAUCCAUGCUUUCCCGGUGUGAGUGGCACGAUGGAAAUGUUAUUGUUUGUUUGUUUUGGAGUUAUAUCACCCUGAUUUUUUAAAUGUUUGUCGUUGUGCGUAAAUAGAAUUAUGGACGUUUUUCAGAAAAACAAAGAUGCCUGUUGCGCAUUGAAUCAUAUUGCUUUUUUGGUGUGGAUACUCAUAUCCCAAGGCAGCUUUUUCUGUCGAUCAUAAAUUUGAGCAGUAUUUUUUUUCGCCUGUUUAUGGUUUCUUUUUUUUUGUUUGCUAUUGUUACCUGAUUCUCAGUGUGGGGUGAAGUGUCCAAAAUAUGGCAUUUAUUUUCUAAUCGCUGUUGAAUUUCUUUGUUCAUGCUGGAGUGAAUAACUUUUGCCAUGUGAACUGUGAGCGUAUAAGAAAGAUUUAUUAAGCGCGUUCCAAGUGUCUGCUGAGACAUCUCGUAGCGGCGUUUGUUUGGCAUUGUUUCGCAGUUGUUUUAUAGGAAAGAAUGUAAGGUGUAAAUAAAAUGUAUAUGUAUACACACAACAA